ACAAGGGGGUGGGGGACGGACGAGCCCUAAUGCCGGGGGAGACGGAAGAGCCGAGACCCUCGGAGCAGCAGGACCAGGAAGGGGGAGAGGCGGCGGCGGCCAACCCCCCUGGGAGUACUUUCACACGUUCCCUCUUUCUGUCUCUCUUAUCAUUCUCAGCGGCCGCCGCUGCUGCCGCGGUGUCCCGUCGGAGGAAGGCCGAGUAUCCCCGCCGGCGGAGGAGCAGCCCCAGCGCCAGGCCUCCCGACGUCCCAGGGCAGCAGUCCCAGGCCGCGAAGCCCCCUUCUCCAGUUCAGGGCAAGAAGAGUCCGCGACUCCUAUGUACAGAAAAAGUAACAACUGAUAAAGAUCCCAAAGAAGAGAAAGAGGAAGAAGAGGAUUCUGCCCUCCCUCAGGAAGUUUCUGUUGCUGCAACUAGACCUAACCGGGGCUGGCGCAGCAGUAGCAGGUCAUCUCUCUCUCGCCAUCGUGACACAGAGAACACCCGAAGCUCUCGGUCCAAGACUGGUUCAUUGCAGCUCAUCUGCAAAUCAGAACCAAAUACAGAUCAGCUUGAUUAUGAUGUUGCAGAUGAGCAUCAGUCUGCAGGUGGCAUUAGUAGUGAUGAAGAAGAAGAAGAAAUGUUAAUCAGUGAAGAGGAAAUACCAUUCAAAGAUGACCCAAGAGAUGAGACCUACAAACCCCACUUAGAAAGGGAAACCCCAAAACCACGAAGAAAAUCAGGGAAAGUAAAAGAGGAAAAAGAGAAGAAGGAAAUUAAAGUGGAAGUGGAAGUAGAGGUGAAAGAAGAAGAGAAUGAAAUUAGGGAGGAUGAGGAACCUCCUAGGAAGAGAGGAAGAAGACGAAAAGAUGACAAAAGUCCACGUUUACCCAAGAGGAGGAAAAAACCUCCAAUCCAGUACGUCCGCUGUGAGAUGGAAGGAUGUGGAACUGUUCUUGCUCAUCCUCGCUAUUUGCAGCACCACAUUAAAUACCAGCAUUUGCUGAAAAAGAAAUAUGUAUGUCCCCAUCCCUCCUGUGGACGACUCUUCAGGCUCCAGAAACAACUUCUACGACACGCCAAACAUCAUACAGAUCAAAGGGAUUAUAUUUGUGAAUAUUGUGCUCGGGCCUUCAAGAGUUCCCACAAUCUUGCAGUGCACAGGAUGAUUCACACUGGCGAGAAACCGUUACAAUGUGAGAUCUGUGGAUUUACUUGUCGACAAAAGGCAUCCCUUAAUUGGCACAUGAAGAAGCAUGAUGCAGACUCCUUCUAUCAGUUUUCUUGCAACAUCUGUGGCAAAAAAUUUGAGAAGAAGGACAGUGUAGUGGCACACAAAGCAAAAAGCCACCCUGAGGUGCUGAUUGCAGAAGCUCUGGCUGCCAAUGCAGGCGCCCUUAUCACCAGCACAGAUAUCUUGGGUACUAACCCAGAGUCCCUGACACAACCUGCAGAUGGUCAGGGUCUUCCUCUUCUUCCUGAGCCCUUGGGAAACUCAACCUCUGGAGACUGCCUACUGCUAGAGGCUGAAGGAAUGUCAAAGUCAUACUGCAGUGGAACGGAACGGGUGAGCCUGAUGGCUGAUGGGAAGAUAUUUGUGGGAAGUGGCAGCAGUGGGGGCACUGAAGGGCUGGUCAUGAACUCGGAUAUACUCGGUGCUACUACAGAGGUUCUGAUUGAAGAUUCAGACUCUACUGGACCUUAGUGGAAGGAAAGACUUUGGGCACUGGGACAGCUCAGACUUUGUAUUUAAAACAUAAAAAGGAUAAAAAAAAUUUUAAGCAUUUAAAAUCUAGUAAAAUAACUGAAGGGCCUGCUCUUUCCAUUGUGGAUCACAGCAUACACAUACACACACACCCCUGUUACCAUCUCUUGUUCUCCCUCUGUUGUCCCCUUUAUAAAAUUGAUGUUGUCUUUACCAGAAAGGUAGACAAAAAAGAAGAAACAGCAGCUCUUAAAGUGAGGGUUAUCUUCAUACUUGGUUCCAGCCAGCAGCAGACUUGCCGCUCAUUAGCAGAUCCCCUUUUCCAACCUGUAACUCUGAUGUGCUCUGGAUCAGCUUUUAACGUUAGUAGUAUAUUACUGUCUCCUAAAUACCUUCUCCUGUUCCUCUACUGCUGCCUUAUGGUCUGGCUUCUAACCACUGCGGCACACUUAGCCUCAAGUAUCGUAUAAUUCUAAUCUCUGGAGGCUGGCAGCUUGACUUGGCACUUUAGGGCCCCUUAGCAGGGUGAGCUGUUAAAACAGCAACUCUCACUCACCCCUUCUUCCUCCAUUCUCCACUGGGUUUUGGAAAAGGAUACAUGGGGACCACCUUCCUCCUCUUUGAUCCCAGUACCCUCUGUCCCCCCUCCCAAACCUUCAUAUGGCUCAAUGGUGCUUAAUUUGCUUGGAAGCAGGCUCCCAAGAGAGAGGGGGCUGCCCUCUACACAGUCUCUUUGACUGUAAGACAGGGCUCUGUAUCAAUGAGACAGUGAGAGAAGUCCCAGGCUAAUGGCAGAAAUUUGCACUUUGAACAUGUGUGUUUUUGUGUUAUGGAACCUGAGAUUCCUUAUUUAUUAAUGGAAAGUCUGAUUUUUUGGGGGGGGGUGGGUCUUUGUUAUAUUUUGUGGGACUGGGAGAUAAUAGAUUAUUCUGACAUGGGAUCCUUUCCACAAGAGGUACUUUCAAGGCAAGACAUAGGAUUGAAGAAGCAUAGCCAGCCUCUCAAAAUCAUAGCUCUCCAGUGGCCUUUAAAGAAAGCUGGUCCUCAGCACUAACAAAUCACUACAAUAGCCUAGUGCAUUUUUGGAAGCCUUCUUAGGGAAGGGAGUUAGGUUUGUGGUAACUAGUGUGCUCUUUGAGAUUUUUAGAGCAUUGAGAUUUAGGAAUUUUAAAGGGAUAAGGAAAAUUACUGAGGGGUUGAAUUGCAGAUAAGAGAUUUUUUUCUUGUGCAUUUAUUUUUCUUUUAUUGUCGCCCCCCCCCCCCCAAUUUCCUUUUUUUUUUUUUUUUAUUGUCCCCCCCCCCCCCCAAUUUCCUUUCAUAUAAGUUCCCAUUGACCCAGCUCUGGCCCCUUGCUUUGAUUUUGUGUGUGUGUGUGUGUGUGUGUGUGUGUGUGUUUUGCUUUAUCAUUGGUUCAUUCCAGCUCCCUAUUAGUGAAGGACACUGCCGUUAGUAAAGGAACAGUCUGUGAGUCCUAAAGUUUUAAGUCAAAAGAAACCACUGUUUUAUUUCCCUUUUAGUAACACUUCAGAGGAGAAAAGGCUGCAGUGGACAAAGUUAAUCUAUAUAAUAAUGGCUUUGACCUGAAAUUCUGUAAAUGACCACUUCCAUUGGAAUAAGGAUUUUCAUGGAGUGUGGACUGUUUAUUAACUGUUUAGGUAGAGGCAGCUACUGUUUUUGUACAAUUUCAUACUCUCAGAAGACUAAAAACGUAUUUGGGCUUAUUUUUAGAGCAUUAGAACGGCAAUUCCUAUCCUUCUGUGUACCUCAGAAGCUGGAAUUGAAUGCUUGCCCUACUCGUUGUGUAAUGUCAGAAAUUUAUGAUGGCUGUUGGAAAGAAUUAAGUUUUGCUGAGAACAAAAUAAGGAUCAGCUUGUUUUUCACAAACACUAAAACUACAAAGUUUAUCAUUUUUCCUUUUGAUUUCCCCCACCACCACCACCACAAAAUGGAGGGGUCACAAAAUGUCAUCUCUGAAAGAGGCUUACUUCACCACCCACAAAUGUCAGUGAUUGGGAUGCCAGGGAUUAAGGGAGUGGGACACCUACAGUAAACAGUCUUAAAUGCACUAUUGUUUCUUCUCAGCAUGUUGCAGAUUUACCAUCUCUCCAGUGUAGGAUCGAGAAAGGAUAGGAGUGUAGAAUGUGUUUUCCUGCCCACAAGUACAGAUUUGAAGUUGACUUUGGUAUGCCUAGAUUUGAAAACAAUAUAAGAUCGAUUAGAUAGGUCUACAACAAAGUUGUUUCACUCCUUAUUACAUUCAUUUUGGACUGUUUCACUAGCUAGCAUCUAUUAGCUUUUGUCUGUCACACUUAAUCUUUUCGUCUCCAUAAAUUUCAUUUGCUGUGGUUAAUUACCAGAUAUUGUAGCCACCUACACAAAAGCAAACUGCA